UCUAACGGCGUUUAUGAUUGGGUUUCUCUCAAGUGCUUGGCCAUUCAGAGGUCUUGAAAAAACUUUUUGUGCGACGACCACUAAAGCUAUUUCUAAUUUAGAAGAGCUCCUCAAAAUGUCAAGUCGUGUGAUAUCAAGGAUUAUUAAUGACAUUUUGCUUCAUAAGUGUGACUGUGGAAGGACUAUUGGAUUAAGGAAAGGAUACUUGGUAAAAUAUCUGAAAGAAGUGAAUAAUGGAUUGAAAAUACCUUACAGACAUUAUGCAACAGGAAUUAAUCUGAAAAAUGCACCAAGAACGAAACCUUUGGUUAGGUCAAGAACUAUGGUUUUAAAUACCUUUUACACUACACUACCUAUCUUGAUAGUGGCCUUUGUUUGUGUUGAAUAUAAAAGAAGACUGAAGUCACAAGCUGUUCAAGACAGAGUUAGGUUACAAAAAGAGGAGAAACCUAUUCCUCUGCCUACCUUGAUGUCAAAAGUAAAAAAUGAAGCAGACUUAAAAGAUUUGGAAUUCACCAGAGUGGAGCUGGAGGGAGAGUUUGACCAUGACCGUGAAGUAGUGAUUGGGUACAGGGCUAACCAACAGCCCCAUCUAACACCUAAAGGAAGUAGAUGGCAGAAAGGAGUCUACAUUGUCACACCAUUUAAACUGAAGGAAACUGGGGAUACAGUCCUGGUCAACCGUGGGUGGGUGCCCUUACAACUGGCGGACCCCAAGGCGAGAGUGGGAGGUCAGGUUACAGGGACUCUGAAAAUAUUGGGUCUGCUGAGAAGCACAGAAAAGAAAAAUCCUUUUGAUUUCCGACCAAGUCAAGAUUCUUUUAAUGAAAAGUUUUUCAGCUAUCUGAAUGUAGACGAUAUUGCAAAAUAUCUUGGAACAAAGUGUGUUUUUGUUGAUGCAGUGAGUUCUUUCCCAGAUGGCCCUAUUGGUGGACAAACAAAAAUAGCAUAUUCCCACUCAAGACGGGAUGAAAUUUUGAUGCUUAUGUUGAUUCUUGGAUCAAUAGCACUAUUUUGGUUCACAAAAAUACACCCCCAGAGAGCAGCUGCAAGAUAUGCUAAAAUGUAUUUUUCCAGUAAACAUCAAGCCAAUAAAAUGUGACCAAAAAUG